CUUCUUUAUACUUCGUGCCAUCAUCAUAAUAAUAAUAAUAAUUAUUAUUAGAAUUUAACAUAAAAAAUAGCUUGUUUAGUAUAAAAAGGUAUAUUUCAGUGCGAGUUCUUGAAGCGUCAAGUUAGAAAAUGGCUAUCAAAGUGCUUGUGGUCGUUUCAGUGUUUUUGGUGCUUUGCCACGCACAGUUUGGUCAAUACCCCCCCGCCCUAUUCAGCGGCGAAUCCCCUUUCUCUUACCCAUUCCAGCAUGCUGGAUUAAGUCAAUUUCGUCCGGGUCCAUACCAGUUGAGAUCUCCACCCCCACCACCACCGCCACACCAUUUCAACCCCUUCGAUAACGUUUAUAACGAGGAGGGUGAAAAGUUGACCUGCAGGAUGGUCUGCAGUGCUUCCGCCAACGAUACUGACGAAGUAGAAGAGCUGAAACCCGAAAAGAAGGAGAGCGCCGAGAAUAAUAUCGAGAAGAGAGAUGGAUAAUUUGUUGAUGAGGUUUUUUCAUUAAUAAAUUUACGUCGGUUUUUA